AUGGUUCCAGCGGAGCUCGUGGCGAAUGAGGAGAGUUUAAUCAUUGGCUCUGCCCUGGGCACGUUUACACAGGCUCUGCCCUGGGCGUUUACACAGGCUCUACCCUGGGCGUUUACACAGGCUCUGUCCUGGGCGUUUACACAGGCUCUGUCCUGGGCGUUUACACAGGCUCUGUCCUGGGCGUUUACACAGGCUCUGUCCUGGGCGUUUACACAGGCUCUGUCCUGGGCACGUUUACACAGGCUCUGUCCUGGGCGUUUACACAGGCUCUGUCCUGGGGCGUUUACACAGGCUCUGUCCUCGGCGUUUACACAGGCUCUGUCCUGGGCGUUUACACAGGCUCUGUCCUGGGGCGUUUACACAGGCUCUGUCCUGGGCGUUUACACAGGCUCUGUCCUGGGCGUUUACACAGGCUCUGUCCUGGGCGUUUACACAGGCUCUGUCCUGGGCGUUUACACAGGCUCUGUCCUGGGCGUUUACACAGGCUCUGUCCUGGGCGUUUACACAGGCUCUGUCCUGGGCGUUUACACAGGCUCUGUCCUGGGCGUUUACACAGGCUCUGUCCUGGGCGUUUACACAGGCUCUGUCCUGGGCGUUUACACAGGCUCUGUCCUGGGCGUUUACACAGGCUCUGUCCUGGGCGUUUACACAGGCUCUGUCCUGGGCGUUUACACAGGCUCUGUCCUGGGCGUUUACACAGGCUCUGUCCUGGGCGUUUACACAGGCUCUGUCCUGGGCGUUUACACAGGCUCUGUCCUGGGCGUUUACACAGGCUCUGUCCUGGGCGUUUACACAGGCUCUGUCCUGGGCGUUUACACAGGCUCUGUCCUGGGCGUUUACACAGGCUCUGUCCUGGGCGUUUACACAGGCUCUGUCCUGGGCGUUUACACAGGCUCUGUCCUGGGCGUUUACACAGGCUCUGUCCUGGGCGUUUACACAGGCUCUGUCCUGGGCGUUUACACAGGCUCUGUCCUGGGCGUUUACACAGGCUCUGUCCUGGGCGUUUACACAGGCUCUGUCCUGGGCGUUUACACAGGCUCUGUCCUGGGCGUUUACACAGGCUCUGUCCUGGGCGUUUACACAGGCUCUGUCCUGGGCGUUUACACAGGCUCUGUCCUGGGCGUUUACACAGGCUCUGUCCUGGGCGUUUACACAGGCUCUGUCCUGGGCGUUUACACAGGCUCUGUCCUGGGCGUUUACACAGGCUCUGUCCUGGGCGUUUACACAGGCUCUGUCCUGGGCGUUUACACAGGCUCUGUCCUGGGCGUUUACACAGGCUCUGUCCUGGGCGUUUACACAGGCUCUGUCCUGGGCGUUUACACAGGCUCUGUCCUGGGCGUUUACACAGGCUCUGUCCUGGGCGUUUACACAGGCUCUGUCCUGGGCGUUUACACAGGCUCUGUCCUGGGCGUUUACACAGGCUCUGUCCUGGGCGUUUACACAGGCUCUGUCCUGGGCGUUUACACAGGCUCUGUCCUGGGCGUUUACACAGGCUCUGUCCUGGGCGUUUACACAGGCUCUGUCCUGGGCGUUUACACAGGCUCUGUCCUGGGCGUUUACACAGGCUCUGUCCUGGGCGUUUACACAGGCUCUGUCCUGGGCGUUUACACAGGCUCUGUCCUGGGCGUUUACACAGGCUCUGUCCUGGGCGUUUACACAGGCUCUGUCCUGGGCGUUUACACAGGCUCUGUCCUGGGCGUUUACACAGGCUCUGUCCUGGGCGUUUACACAGGCUCUGUCCUGGGCGUUUACACAGGCUCUGUCCUGGGCGUUUACACAGGCUCUGUCCUGGGCGUUUACACAGGCUCUGUCCUGGGCGUUUACACAGGCUCUGUCCUGGGCGUUUACACAGGCUCUGUCCUGGGCGUUUACACAGGCUCUGUCCUGGGCGUUUACACAGGCUCUGUCCUGGGCGUUUACACAGGCUCUGUCCUGGGCGUUUACACAGGCUCUGUCCUGGGCGUUUACACAGGCUCUGUCCUGGGCGUUUACACAGGCUCUGUCCUGGGCGUUUACACAGGCUCUGUCCUGGGCGUUUACACAGGCUCUGUCCUGGGCGUUUACACAGGCUCUGUCCUGGGCGUUUACACAGGCUCUGUCCUGGGCGUUUACACAGGCUCUGUCCUGGGCGUUUACACAGGCUCUGUCCUGGGCGUUUACACAGGCUCUGUCCUGGGCGUUUACACAGGCUCUGUCCUGGGCGUUUACACAGGCUCUGUCCUGGGCGUUUACACAGGCUCUGUCCUGGGCGUUUACACAGGCUCUCCCUGGGCGUUUACACAGGCUCUGUCCUGGGCGUUUACACAGGCUCUGUCCUGGGCGUUUACACAGGCUCUGUCCUGGGCGUUUACACAGGCUCUGUCCUGGGCGUUUACACAGGCUCUGUCCUGGGCGUUUACACAGGCUCUGUCCUGGGCGUUUACACAGGCUCUGUCCUGGGCGUUUACACAGGCUCUGUCCUGGGCGUUUACACAGGCUCUGUCCUGGGCGUUUACACAGGCUCUGUCCUGGGCGUUUACACAGGCUCUGUCCUGGGCGUUUACACAGGCUCUGUCCUGGGCGUUUACACAGGCUCUGUCCUGGGCGUUUACACAGGCUCUGUCCUGGGCGUUUACACAGGCUCUGUCCUGGGCGUUUACACAGGCUCUGUCCUGGGCGUUUACACAGGCUCUGUCCUGGGCGUUUACACAGGCUCUGUCCUGGGCGUUUACACAGGCUCUGUCCUGGGCGUUUACACAGGCUCUGUCCUGGGCGUUUACACAGGCUCUGUCCUGGGCGUUUACACAGGCUCUGUCCUGGGCGUUUACACAGGCUCUGUCCUGGGCGUUUACACAGGCUCUGUCCUGGGCGUUUACACAGGCUCUGUCCUGGGGCGUUUACACAGGCUCUGUCCUGGGCGCGUUUACAACAGGCUCUGUCCUGGGCGUUUACACAGGCUCUGUCCUGGGGCGUUUACACAGGCUCUGUCCUGGGCGUUUACACAGGCUCUGUCCUGGGCGCGUUUACACAGGCUCUGUCCUGGCGCGUUUACACAGGCUCUGUCCUGGGCGUUUACACAGGCUCUGUCCUGGGCGUUUACACAGGCUCUGUCCUGGGCGUUUACACAGGCUCUGUCCUGGGCGUUUUACACAGGCUCUGUCCUGGGCGUUUACACAGGCUCUGUCCUGGGCGUUUACACAGGCUCUGUCCCUGGGCGUUUACACAGGCUCUGUCCUGGGCGUUUACACAGGCUCUGUCCUGGGCGUUUACACAGGCUCUGUCCUGGGCGUUUACACAGGCUCUGUCCUGGGCGUUUACACAGGCUCUGUCCUGGGCGUUUACACAGGCUCUGUCCUGGGCGUUUACACAGGCUCUGUCCUGGGCGUUUACACAGGCUCUGUCCUGGGCGUUUACACAGGCUCUGUCCUGGGCGUUUACACAGGCUCUGUCCUGGGCGUUUACACAGGCUCUGUCCUGGGCGUUUACACAGGCUCUGUCCUGGGGCGUUUACACAGGCUCUGUCCUGGGCGUUUACACAGGCUCUGUCCUGGGCGCGUUUACACAGGCUCUGUCCUGGGCGUUUACACAGGCUCUGUCCUGGGCGUUUACACAGGCUCUGUCCUGGGCGUUUACACAGGCUCUGUCCUGGGCGUUUACACAGGCUCUGUCCUGGGCGUUUACACAGGCUCUGUCCUGGGCGUUUACACAGGCUCUGUCCUGGGCGUUUACACAGGCUCUGUCCUGGGCGUUUACACAGGCUCUGUCCUGGGCGUUUACACAGGCUCUGUCCUGGGCGUUUACACAGGCUCUGUCCUGGGCGUUUACACAGGCUCUGUCCUGGGCGUUUACACAGGCUCUGUCCCUGGGCGUUUACACAGGCUCUGUCCUGGGCGUUUACACAGGCUCUGUCCUGGGCGUUUACACAGGCUCUGUCCUGGGCGUUUACACAGGCUCUGUCCUGGGCGUUUACACAGGCUCUGUCCUGGGCGUUUACACAGGCUCUGUCCUGGGCGUUUACACAGGCUCUGUCCUGGGCGUUUACACGUUUACACAGGCUCUGUCCUGGGCGUUUACACAGGCUCUGUCCUGGGCGUUUACACAGGCUCUGUCCUGGGCGUUUACACAGGCUCUGUCCUGGGCACGUUUACACAGGCUCUGGUCCUGGGCGUUUACACAGGCUCUGUCCUGGGCGUUUACACAGGCUCUGUCCUGGGCGUUUACACAGGCUCUGUCCUGGGCGUUUACACAGGCUCUGUCCUGGGCGUUUACACAGGCUCUGUCCUGGGCGUUUACACAGGCUCUGUCCUGGGCGUUUACACAGGCUCUGUCCUGGGCGUUUACACAGGCUCUGUCCUGGGCGUUUACACAGGCUCUGUCCUGGGCGUUUACACAGGCUCUGUCCUGGGCGUUUACACAGGCUCUGUCCUGGGCGUUUACACAGGCUCUGUCCUGGGCGUUUACACAGGCUCUGUCCUGGGCGUUUACACAGGCUCUGUCCUGGGCGUUUACACAGGCUCUGUCCUGGGCGUUUACACAGGCUCUGUCCUGGGCGUUUACACAGGCUCUGUCCUGGGCGUUUACACAGGCUCUGUCCUGGGGCGUUUACACACGGCUCUGUCCUGGGCGUUUACACAGGCUCUGUCCUGGGCGUUUACACAGGCUCUGUCCUGGGCGGUUUACACAGGCUCUGCCCUGGGGCGUUUACACAGCUCUGUCCUGGGCGUUUACACAGGCUCUGUCCUGGGCGUUUACACAGGCUCUGUCCUGGGCGUUUUACACAGGCUCUGCUCUGUCCUGGGCGUUUACACAGGCUCUGUCCUGGGCGUUUACACAGGCUCUGUCCUGGGCACGUUUACACCUGGCUCUGCCCUGGGCGUUUACACAGGCUCUGUCCUGGCGCGUUUACACAGGCUCUGUCCUGGGCGUUUACACAGGCUCUGUCCUGGGCGUUUACACAGGCUCUGUCCUGGGGCGUUUACACAGGCUCUGUCCUGGGCGUUUACACAGGCUCUGUCCUGGGCGUUUACACAGGCUCUGUCCUGGGCGUUUACACAGGCUCUGUCCUGGGCGUUUACACAGGCUCUGUCCUGGGCGUUUACACAGGCUCUGUCCUGGGCGUUUUACACAGGCUCUGUCCUGGGCGUUUACACAGGCUCUGUCCUGGGCGUUUACACAGGCUCUGACCUGGGCGUUUACACAGGCUCUGUCCUGGGCGUUUACACAGGCUCUGUCCUGGGCGCGUUUACACAGGCUCUGUCCUGGGCGUUUACACAGGCUCUGUCCUGGGCGUUUACACAGGCUCUGUCCUGGGCGUUUCCACUAGGCUCUGUCCUGGGCGUUUUACACAGGCUCUGUCCUGGGGCAUUUACACAGGCUCUGUCCUGGGCGUUUACACAGGGCUGGGCGUUUACACAGGCUCUGUCCAUGGGCGUUUACACAGGCUCUAACAUGGGCGCUCUGUCCUGGGCGUUUACACAGGCUCUGUCCUGGGCGUUUACACAGGCUCUGUCCUGGGCGUUUACACAGGCUCUGUCCUGGCGUUUACACAGCUCUGUCUGGGCGUUUACACAGGCUCUGUCCUGGGCGUUUACACAGGCUCUGUCCUGGGCGUUUACACAGGCUCUGUCCUGGGCGUUUACACAGGCUCUGUCCUGGGCGUUUACACAGGCUCUGUCCUGGGCGUUUACACAGGCUCUGUCCUGGGCGUUUACACAGGCUCUGUCCUGGGCGUUUACACAGGCUCUGUCCUGGGCGUUUACACAGGCUCUGUCCUGGGCGUUUACACAGGCUCUGUCCUGGGCGUUUACACAGGCUCUGUCCUGGGCGUUUACACAGGCUCUGUCCUGGGCGUUUACACAGGCUCUGUCCUGGGCGUUUACACAGGCUCUGUCCUGGGCGUUUACACAGGCUCUGUCCUGGGCCGUUUACACAGGCUCUGUCCUGGGCGUUUACACAGGCUCUGUCCUGGGCGUUUACACAGGCUCUGUCCUGGGCGUUUACACAGGCUCUGUCCUGGGCGUUUACACAGGCUCUGUCCUGGGCGUUUACACAGGCUCUGUCCUGGGCGUUUACACAGGCUCUGUCCUGGGCGUUUACACAGGCUCUGUCCUGGGCGUUUACACAGGCUCUGUCCUGGGCGUUUACACAGGCUCUGUCCUGGGCGUUUACACAGGCUCUGUCCUGGGCGUUUACACAGGCUCUGUCCUGGGCGCUCUGUCCUGGGCGUUUACACAGGCUCUGUCCUGGGCGUUUACACAGGCUCUGUCCUGGGCGUUUACACAGGCUCUGUCCUGGGCGUUUACACAGGCUCUGUCCUGGGCGUUUACACAGGCUCUGUCCUGGGCGUUUACACAGGCUCUGUCCUGGGCGUUUACACAGGCUCUGUCCUGGGCGUUUACACAGGCUCUGUCCUGGGCGUUUACACAGGCUCUGUCCUGGCGCGUUUACACAGGCUCUGUCCUGGGCGUUUACACAGGCUCUGUCCUGGGCGUUUACCGUUUACACAGGCUCUGUCCUGGGCGUUUACACAGGCUCUGUCCUGGGCGUUUACACAGGCUCUGUCCUGGGCGUUUACACAGGCUCUGUCCUGGGCGUUUACACAGGCUCUGUCCUGGCGUUUACACAGGCUCUGUCCUGGGCGUUUACACAGGCUCUGUCCUGGGCGUUUACACAGGCUCUGUCCUGGGCGUUUACACAGGCUCUGUCCUGGGCGUUUACACAGGCUCUGUCCUGGGCGUUUACACAGGCUCUGUCCUGGGCGUUUACACAGGCUCUGUCCUGGGCGUUUACACAGGCUCUGUCCUGGGCGUUUUACACAGGCUCUGUCCUGGGCGUUUACACAGGCUCUGUCCUGGGCGUUUACACAGGCUCUGUCCUGGGCGUUUACACAGGCUCUGUCCUGGGCGUUUACACAGGCUCUGUCCUGGGCGUUUACACAGGCUCUGUCCUGGGCGCGUUUACACAGGCUCUGUCCUGGGCGUUUACACAGGCUCUGUCCUGGGCGUUUACACAGGCUCUGUCCUGGGCGUUUACACAGGCUCUGUCCUGGGCGUUUACACAGGCUCUGUCCUGGGCGUUUACACAGGCUCUGUCCUGGGCGUUUACACAGGCUCUGUCCUGGGCGUUUACACAGGCUCUGUCCUGGGCGUUUACACAGGCUCUGCCUGGGCGUUUACACAGGCUCUGUCCUGGGCGUUUACACAGGCUCUGUCCUGGGCGUUUACACAGGCUCUGUCCUGGGCGUUUACACAGGCUCUGUCCUGGGCGUUUACACAGGCUCUGUCCUGGGCGUUUACACAGGCUCUGUCCUGGGCGUUUACACAGGCUCUGUCCUGGGCGUUUACACAGGCUCUGUCCUGGGCGUUUACACAGGCUCUGUCCUGGGCGUUUACACAGGCUCUGUCCUGGGCGUUUACACAGGCUCUGUCCUGGGCGUUUACACAGGCUCUGUCCUGGGCGUUUACACAGGCUCUGUCCUGGGCGUUUACACAGGCUCUGUCCUGGGCGUUUACACAGGCUCUGUCCUGGGCGUUUACACAGGCUCUGUCCUGGGCGUUUACACAGGCUCUGUCCUGGGCGUUUACACAGGCUCUGUCCUGGGCGUUUACACAGGCUCUGUCCUGGGCGUUUACACAGGCUCUGUCCUGGGCGUUUACACAGGCUCUGUCCUGGGCGUUUACACAGGCUCUGUCCUGGGCGUUUACACAGGCUCUGUCCUGGGCGUUUACACAGGCUCUGUCCUGGGCGUUUACACAGGCUCUGUCCUGGGCGUUUACACAGGCUCUGUCCUGGGCGGUUUACACAGGCUCUGUCCUGGGCGUUUACACAGGCUCUGUCCUGGGCGUUUACACAGGCUCUGUCCUGGGCGUUUACACAGGCUCUGUCCUGGGCGUUUACACAGGCUCUGUCCUGGGCGUUUACACAGGCUCUGUCCUGGGCGUUUACACAGGCUCUGUCCUGGGCGUUUACACAGGCUCUGUCCUGGGCGUUUACACAGGCUCUGUCCUGGGCGUUUACACAGGCUCUGUCCUGGGCGUUUACACAGGCUCUGUCCUGGGCGUUUACACAGGCUCUGUCCUGGGCGUUUACACAGGCUCUGUCCUGGGCGUUUACACAGGCCAGACUGAGGCUGUAGACCCAGGACUGAGGCUUCCCAACCUCUGCUACAACCUCUGCUACAACCUCUGCUACAACCUCUGCUACAACCUCUGCUACAACCUCUGCUACAACCUCUGCUACAACCUCUGCUACAACCUCUGCUACAACCUCUGCUACAACCUCUGCUACAACCUCUGCUACAACCUCUGCUACAACCUCUGCUACAACCUCUGCUACGACCUCUGCUACAACCUCUGCUACAACCAUGCGGUCAUGGCCGCGAAGAGGCAGCUUCCGUGUGACGCAGACGUGAUGACGUCCUCAAUUAAAAGUGCUUACCAAGAAUAA